UCAUGCCGCUGGUCAACCUGCGCUGCUCUCCAGACGUACAUCACUUCCUGUGUCAGGCCUUUAUCCCAGCAUGCACUGAGGACACCAAGGUGAUCCGGCCAUGUCGUGACCUGUGUGUGACAGUGAGGUCAGACUGCAGGAAGGACAUCAGCACCUUCGGCAUUACCUGGCCUCCGGAGCUGCACUGUGACAGAUUGGAGGAUUGCCUCUACUCUCCAGAUGGCUCAGCUCUGCCACCAACCAGACUGACCACACCCAAGACCUCUCUGUCUGCUAAGAGGGACAUGGGCUUCUGGUGCCCCCUUCAGCUGAAGACCCGGCCCGGCCAGGGAUCCACGUUCCUGGGUGCCGGGGACUGUGCUCCCCCUUGCUCCAACAUGUACUUCAAGCCCCAUGAGAUCGAGUUCGCCAAGACCUUUAUCGGGGUGUGCUCCAUCGUCUGCCUCUGCGCCACGCUCUUCACUUUUCUCACCUUCCUCAUCGACGUCAAACGCUUCCGCUACCCCGAACGGCCAAUCAUCUUCUAUGCCGUGUGCUACAGCUUCGUGUCGCUCAUCUACUUCAUUGGCUUCCUGCUUGGGAACAAUGCAUCCUGCAACAAGGCGGUGCACCCGGCUGCCAUGGACACGGUGGUGCUCGGCUCCCAGAGUAAAGGCUGUACGUUACUCUUCAUGCUGCUCUACUUCUUCUCCAUGGCCGGCAUCGUCUGGUGGGUCAUCCUCACCAUCACCUGGUUCCUGGCCGCCGGGCCCAAGUGGAGCUGCGAGGCCAUCGAGAAGAAGGCGGUGUGGUUCCACUCUGUCGCCUGGGGGAUCCCCGGAGCACUAACCGUCAUGCUACUGGCUCUUAACAAGGUGGAGGGAGAUAACAUCAGCGGCGUGUGCUUCGUGGGGCUCUAUGAUCUGGACGCGCUGCGGUACUUUGUGCUGGCGCCGAUGUGUAUCGGGGUGGUGGUGGGGCUGUCUCUGCUGCUGGCUGGGAUCGUGUCGCUCAAUAACGUGCGUCAGGUGAUCCAGCACGAUGAGAGGAACCAGGAGAAGCUGAAGAAGUUUAUGAUCCGUAUCGGGGUGUUCAGUGGUCUGUACCUGGUGCCCCUGGUCACUCUGCAGGGGUGUUACAUCUAUGAACAAAGCCAGCGCUCCACUUGGGAAAAAACCUGGAUCAAUGACCGCUGCCAGGAGUACAGCAUCCCCUGCUCACACAAGACUACAGAGUCUGAUCGUCCGGACCUGUCCCUAUUCCUGAUUAAAUACCUGAUGACCCUGGUGGUUGGGAUCUCAGCUGUGUUCUGGGUCAGCAGCAAGAAGACCUGCUCAGAAUGGGCCUUCUUCUUCAACAGGACCAGGAAGAAAGACCCCAUUAGUGAGAGCCGCAGAGUUCUUCAGGAGUCCUGUGAGUUCUUCCUCAAACACAACAGCCGUGUCCAGCACAAGAAGAACCACUAUAACCCCGGCUCCCACAAACUUAAGGUAAUUUCCAAGUCCAUGGGCACCAGCACCGGCGCCUCAGCCACCGGCAACCACGGCACCUCAGCAGUGGGCAACCAUGAGGCCGUCCGGGGCCAGGCUUCUCUCUCUGAGGCCAGGGGCUCGUCUGAGGCCUCCGCCAGAGAGCAGCUGGAGAGGGGCAGCUCCACCCGUGGCUCCAGGCUGGGGGAGAGGGACAGGGAGAGGGAGAAGCAGCCCAGCGGACAGGCCCUGUCUGGGGGGAGAGAGGGGAGAGAGGGGGCAGAGAGACGCAGUAAGAAGGGCAGCUCCAGCAAGGUUAGCAGCCGCUCAGAGAGCUUCCACAGAGUCGCAGAGGGAAGGAUGACUCCCAGGAGUGAACUAUCAGAGACGAGACAGGUGCCCAGUGGACAGGACCUGGCUUUAAGCCACUCUCACAGCGGCAGUGCGAAAGGCUCCGUCCCUCACCUGGUUCGCCAGGUACCAGAGGAGAAGAAGGACAAGGACAGCAGCUGCUGAGCCCAACCAGCAGGCUCCUAUGAUACUUCACACUAGCAGAGAUGGGCAACUCUGGUCCUCAGGGGCUGGACUGAAUUUCUGCUGGUUUUUGUUCUUCCAUUCAAAUGAGCAACUGAUUUAGCCUGUCAUACCAUACCAGAUGUGUACACUCUCAGAUCAAUCAGUGAUAUUAGUGGAUCGAUUAAGUACCAGAGAGAGAAGAGAAAACCAGCAGAAAGUCCAGAAAAUCCAGAGGACAGGAGUUUUCCUUCAAACCACAGAGACAGGAAGGAAGAGACUAGGUGGGUCACCAGGGUCUUAGAGAGCUCCAUUCACUGACCGACCCAACAGGUGUAGCUACUGGACAUCAGUCAGCUUUACUGGAUCACUGGCCACAUCAAGGUGAAUGAGGUUAGAGAAUCAUGCAGCUCUUCAGACCAACGGAUGCAUUUCCCUGCUGUAAAACAGUCACUUAGGUUGACGUAUUGUUUAUUUACUUAUGAAAGCUAUACUUUUCUGUUAGUAGAUUGAUAUGUAAAGUGUGUAGAAUAUACACUGGCAAUAUUUAUGUAAAAUAUUUUUUUUUCUAUCACUGGACUAGUCUUUACACUGAGUUUAAGCGCUUGAAAAUCUGAAAAUCACAAAUGUUUCACCAAACAAUCAGAACUUCAAGGAUAUCUAGUGUGGUGGUUAACUAUUUUUAUUUUAUUGUUGUAUUCAAAUGGUUAAUGUCAUUUGCAUGUAGACAAUUCCAUCAUGAAAGAAUGAGUAGCAAGCAUAGCAGCUCUGUAGUUAAAGUAAUUGCAUUAGACAGGAGGGUCUCACUACCAAUACACUCAGUAUGCUACUCUACUUUUCAUUCCAUUUCCAUUACAAUGUUUAUUUCAGUAUAUCUAUAAAUAGUUACAUAAGCAAUUUUCAAUUUUGCUGACUCUCCUCAUAAACUUAUUUUCCUGUAAAUCUGUGUGGAGCAUGUGUUUUUAUACUACAGUUUCUAGAAGAAUGUGCCUCAUGAACUAAAUCAUGGUCUUCAGAUAAUCUACAGAUGCUUUACAUGUGUGACAUAGUCAUUCCAUGUGUGUAUUCAUCUCCAGUGAAAUAUGUGGACAAAGUAACCAUUUCUGGCUUAUUUCUGGCUCUUGACCUUAUGUAAAUUGUUGUGGUUGGACAUCUCACUACACUAGAGGAGUUACCACUUAGAGAUUAACCCAGUGCAAAGACUGAGUGAUAAUGUUCAAUUUGUACAGAGAUAUAAAGUUUGUUUUGUUUUGUUUAAACCAAAUAUAGUAGUAUGUAUGCCUACCAUAAUAACUGAUGAUCCAAUAUGAAAACUCUAGUUGAAAAAUCAGAGAUUAAAUCCAAUCCAAAGCAUGUACCUAGUUGAGUGGAUUUUUUUGGACAAAUGUGUGGGUUUUGUUCAGUAUUUGCAAA